UUCCACCGUAUUUUCUAACAUGUUUGGUAUUUUAACACAUUUCAUUAAAAUGUAAAGUACAACCAAGAAUAACUGCUGAGAAUGUUCUAUCCGGCUAAGUCCCUGCGUCCAGGUGGACGGUUCCAUAUCUGUUGGGUUGCAGAUACCUAUCCUGCUUGCUUUGAAAAGAUUAGUCCUGAACAAAUUAUUUCGCAAGAUGUUCCCCGAUUAUGUGAAGAAUUACUUAAAAUUAUUAACCAAGACACUGGGCGAAGAAAAUAUUACUCUCUGCGUCUCUGUUCACAGCUUAUGAGAGGUUUGGCAAAGAUUAACCAGAGAAAAGCUUCCAUACUACUUGAUGAGCUCUGGGCUAUUAAAAGAAAUAUAAGGGUUCCAGAUAUAAGUUUUAGGCAUAUUGAGUUAAGAGCUGGAAGAUUAAAUUUGCCAAUAUUAGAUAUUGAUGAAAUGCAAGAGUCCACAUUAGAAGAAAUAAUGCAGAGUACCAGUAACUCAUCGGCACAUAUCGAGGAUAUAACACUACAAGAACCAACACUACCAGAGUCUCAUGUAUGGCAUAUUGAUUUCAGUGAGCUAGCACCUAACGAAGCAAUGCAGUUCUUGACGGACGAUCCACUUGAAGUGAUGUUAGCUCGCGAGACUGGCGUGGCUGCACCAAGUGCAGACAUGACGACAGCACUUGAUAUUUCUGCAGGAGCUCGCAAGUCGCGAGGUGACGUUUACGAUGAAGAAAUACCCGAAUUCGACUUCUCUAUGCUGACAAUAUCUACCGACGACAAUCUACACCCUUCUCUUCAUUUGCACGAAGAAACCCCAUCCCGCCAACCUGAAAUACCCCAAAAUAUCGUCGUCGAAACGGACACAACGAUGACCAAAAAAGAUAGAACAGAAGAGGAUAUGACAUUGGAACCAAUUGAUGCAGAUGAAUUGAAGGCAGAGCGAUCGGCCAAGAAAAGAAAACGCAAGACUGUAGAUAAAAAAAUUACAUUAUCUACAUCCGAAAUGAUAGCACGUAUUAAUAAUACAUACGCCUAUCAACGCCCUAUGAAUACAAGGAACGACCCCAAAGCAGUAAAAUUUGCUGGGGCAGCCAUGUUUCAGCGGCCGGCGCACCCUCAUCGACCUGGGAGCAGUCUUCCGCAAUCAUUGGCCCGAAUCUUCUUACGUAAUAUCGCUGCUAGACAGGCAGUACCGCAACCUGACGAUCACUGGGAGGAGGCGUUAGACAGUUAUUUGGAAGGUGUGUCUCAGCUAACUUUGACUCCAGGUGACAACGUAUCCGUACGAGAAGAAACUUUGCCAACACUGAUAGUUGACAGAACAACUGAAGAAGCGUCUAUUGAGAAAAUUCCUUCUCCCGUAAAAAGAUCAAGACAUAGCGGCGUGCUAUUUCGUAAAGCUGUACGAAAUGUGUCGAUGGAAUUAGACGAGAUUGAGAUCAGCAAAGAGAACAUAGCGAACAACGAGCAGAUCACACGCAGCAGACUCGCCUCGAUGUUAGGUGAUGUGGGAAAAGACGACCUGUCUGAACGUGGACCAGUCGAGCUGAGAGCUGAGCUGCAGAGUGGUAUACGUCAACAUAGUGAAUGCAGUGAGACACCGCUUGGGAGCCUUGAUAGAACUCUGGUGUCCCUUGGAGUCUCCGAGACUACAACUGAUUCUAAAAGGUUUAUAAGAAAUGAAUGGGGAAUAGAGGGCACGAUGCACAAAAUAUGGAGGCUGCUUUCGUACGGCAGAGUCCAGUCGAUCAGUUUUGAGCAGCUGUUAAACGACGCAGUGGUGCCGGGCCACUCACGGCUCAUAGCCACCGAGUGUUUCAUGUCUAUUCUCAAAUUGCGACAACAUGGAUUCGUAAAAGUAACGGUGGUUCCAGGUACAAAUGAAAUUAAGGAUAUAUAUCUAGGGCCUCUGAUGCAAAAGCACAUUUAAAUGUGCCGAGUGCAAGAAUAAAUAAAAAACAAAACCUACCUUUAAGUAUUUUUUUUAACUUUGUUUUAAUAAGUAUAAUGUAAUAGAAAAUUAUUCGUUCGUUGAUAUUUUAAUUACUUGUUUUAAUGGAUUUCAAUAAUUGUUUCAUUUGUAAGUUUUAGUACUUUGUUUUAAUAUAAUGUAAAAGAAGUUCAUUUUGUUGAUUAUUCGAUAAGUGUUUUUAUGUUUUUCAAUAAAUAUUUUGAUUCUG